AUGAGGGCAAUUCGGGUUUAUAUCGCAGUUAGCAUGCUUGCUUUCGUUAUAUGCAUUGUGGUUGCGGCAUCUGUGUUUUACGUGAUCGUAUGCAAGAGGAGGAAGAAGAAGAAGAAGAUGAAGCCGAAGCAUUGUUUAUCGUGCAACAGAAGUGUCGAUUUGGAGCUCCAACAAUUGAGUUUAAGUGUCCGAACUGCGAGCGAAAAGAAAGUCUCGUUCGAAUCCUCGUCCCAGAUGGAAUCUUUGGACGACCAUAUCCUCCCCACCACCCCACGGAAGGUGGCGGCAAUGGUGGUGGAGAGCUAUACGGUGGAGGAGCUGAGAGUAGCCACCACUGAGUUCUCCUCCACCAAUUUGAUCGAGGGAUCUGUGUAUCAUGGCCGCCUCAAAGGAAAAGACGUGGCGGUCAAAUGCACAAGUCCCGAUACCAUCUCCAAGAUCAAGUUCGAGCUCUUUCAGAGCCCGAAUCGUUUCCACUCGAACAUAAUCCGACUGCUGGGAUUUUGUAUGGGAGACGGUACUAUCACAAACACGAUAGCCACCCACGAUGAGUUUUUGGUGUUCGAAUACGCCAAAAACGGAUCUUUAAAAGAUUGGAUUCAUGGCGGUUUAGCGAUGAAGAGCCAUUUCAUUGCUUCGUGUUCUUGUUUCUUGACUUGGAACCAAAGGCUAAAUAUUUGUUUGGACGUAGCAAAUGCGUUACAAUAUAUGCAUCAAGUACUGAACCCGAGUUACGUUCAUAGGAACAUGAAGAGCCGGAAUAUCUUUCUAGACGAGGAAUUUCAUGCCAAAGUUGGUAACUUUGGCAUGGAAGAAUGUGUUCGAUAUCAGAAUUAUCCCGAAGAAGUACCUGCUUCGGGAUAUCUGUAUUCAACUUAUCCUUCAUCUUGGGACGAAGGGUACAUUGCGCCCGAAUAUUCAAAUUCGGGCGCCAUUAGUCCAAGCAUGGAUAUUUACGCUUUUGGGAUUGUUUUGCUCGAAAUACUAUCGGGAAAACCGCCUAUUAGGAGGGGUAAAUCGGAGAGUAAAGACGACGGUUGUCGGUUAUCGGAAAGAAUCAAGCAUAUUCUCAACUCCGGUAUCGUGGCGGAGAAAGUGAGGGAAUGGAUGGAUAACGCGUUGGGUGAGAAUUAUCCGUUUGAGGUGGCGAUGAAGUUGGUGAAUCUUGCGAGAGAGUGUGUGGAUGACGAUCCAUCGUUGCGGCCGACGGCCGGAGAAGUGGUGGUGAAGCUGACGGAAUUGGUGGCGGAGGGCGAGGAGGAGCAAGUGAUCGUUCGGGAAAGCUCCUGUAGACCUCUAGUAGCCCAGCCAUUUGCAAUUAAGGAUGUAAAUGAUUUUUAA